UCAGCACAGAGGAGAGGUGUAAGGCACGAACCAAAGGAGCAAAAUACUGUCACUGAUAACUGAAGAGGAUACAGGAUAUUUAAUUGCCCAUGGCAGAGAUUUAUAGCGGUGGACAGCUCCAACACUUCAUUGAUGGCUACGAUGUCCACAGGAGCAAUUGGAUGCGCUACGUCAACCCUGCCCGCUCUCUUGCCGAACAGAACCUGGUGGCAUGCCAGAAUGGACGGGACAUUUACUUCUACACCAUCCGCCCUGUGGAGCCCAAACAGGAAUUGCUGGUCUGGUACAGUCAGGAGUUCGCCCAGAGGCUCUGCGGCCAGCAAGACGAUAUCAAACAGAAAUACACGAGUAACAAUGAAGACCAAGAGCAUGAGUAUGUGAAACAGCACUUACCUCAGCAGACGUGGCUUAAAGAAACAGCAAAGGAAGGGGUAAAAGAAGGGAAGGACAGUGACGCAGAAGAAAAGAUUGAUGUGGAGAUGUUGGAGAGAGACACUCCACCUGACACACCUGAUGACCAGAUUAUUGACUUCAGCAAAAAAGAUGAGCAGGACGAUAAGGAUCCAGAAGGAAGGGGCAUCAUUCCUUCCCCUCAGCUGGAGCACAGAGAGCCCAGUCUGGGUCUAAAUCAUCCUUACUUGCCAGAUCACUACUCUACAUUCCCAGCUCCACACAGGAAUCUUCCUCUUCACCUCCACGGGCUCUAUGGGCACAGAGAAGGCCUGGUGUCAUCUUACCCCCCAUUACAGUCCAGACCUCUCCAGCCUUCUUAUCAAUUCCUUCCUCCCUACAACCCACAUUAUCCUCGCCUCCUGCUCCCCCCAUACUCUCCUCCCUUUCAUGGGAUGCUGUCAUCGAGAGGCUCGCUCCAAUACAGCGGCUACCUCGGCGCUGACGGACUCCCGUAUCCCCCUAUCGGCGCACCUAAUCUUCUUCCAGUGUCUCUCUCCUACACCCCAUCUCCACAAGGAGGUCUGAAAGAGCUAACACCAAAUAUUUCCCCACCGAGAGGAGCCCCAGCCACUCCAGAGCUCUCCCCUCCCGCCAAGCCCAACAGCCACUAUCAGUCCCCUGAGCAGUCCCCCUCUGGCUGUGAGGAGGCUAUGAACCUAAGCCUGGCUACAACCAAAAGCAGCACUGCACCACGCAAUGGGCCUGGUCACAAAUCCCUGCCCUAUCCACUGAAGAAGCAGAAUGGAAAGAUCAAGUAUGAAUGUAAUAUCUGCUCAAAGACCUUCGGACAGCUGUCAAACCUCAAGGUUCACCUCCGAGUGCACAGUGGCGAGAGACCAUUCCAGUGUAACCUAUGUAAAAAGAGUUUCACUCAGCUUGCCCACCUACAGAAACAUCACCUGGUCCACACGGGAGAGAAACCACAUGAAUGUCAGGUGUGCCACAAGCGCUUCAGCAGCACCAGCAACUUGAAGACGCAUCUACGACUACACUCUGGGGAAAAGCCUUACCAGUGCAAGCUGUGCAACACCAAGUUCACGCAGUACAUCCACCUCAAGCUGCACCGCCGUCUCCACAGCAGCCGCGACCGUCCCUACCGCUGCCAGCUCUGCGCCCAGGCCUUUUUCCACCAUUUCUCUCUCUGCAUCCACCAGCGCAGCACCUGCCCAGCUAACUCCAGCAUGCCUGCCAAUGUGCACAUGAAAGAGAUGGUGGAGCGGUUUGAUGCCAGCCAAGAGGCAGACGCGCUCACAGAAGCAGCAUCAGCGUCUCAGGUUGGGGAAGCCGUCGAGCACUGGCUGGCUCGUACCUUAGAAGGUGAAGGAAAAGAAGACCAGAAGGAAGCCACCGUGCUGCUAAAAGCUCUGACUGCAGCUAUUAAUGCACCACUGACACCCAUGACCCAAUCGGCACCACACCACAAUCCCCCUCUCGCCUACCAGGAGAGGGCAAGCGUUGUUCAUCUCCACAAACGGCCAUCUGUGAAAACAGAAGGACAGUGAAAAGGAAUAUAAAGUUGAACAUACAGCAUAUAAUCUACCAAGAAUAUGAGUGUCACCAAAUGAAAUCUCCUAUUGUGCCAUACGAGGCAUAACAAGGAAUAUUAACUUACCCAAUCCAAUGAGCACAACACCAAAAGAAGAGCAUUCCAAAGACUGGGUGAUAGUAUUCAGUGAUUGUACUUUCUCCCAAACCUCAGUUAAAAAAGAUAAACAUGGGAGGUGUUGUUAAGCUGUGAAGUAUUUAAAAACCCUUUUACUCAGGUAGACGAUUGUUUUUUUGUGCUUUAACUUAUUCCUUUUUUUAAAUGCCAUCAGCGUUAU